GCACUUUUGGCAUAUGAUCUCAGACAAAACCCGGCAGUUUUUUAGGAGGUGGUUUUGCUUUUGUCUAUGAAGCUCAAGAUCUUGGAAGUGGCAAAGAUUAUGCUUUAAAGCGAUUGUUGUCUAAUGAAGAAGAAAAGAACAAAGCCAUCAUUCAGGAAGUUUGUUUUAUGAAAAAACUUUCAGGUCAUCCCAACAUUGUCCAGUUCUGCUCUGCUGCAUCUAUAGGAAAAGAAGAAUCAGACACAGGACAGGGAGAGUUUCUUCUGCUUACAGAGCUGUGUAAAGGACAGCUGGUGGAAUUCUUAAAGAGAGUAGAAUCCAAAGGACCUAUCUCCUGUGACACAGUUUUGAAGAUCUUUUAUCAGACCUGCAGAGCAGUGCAGCAUAUGCAUAAACAGAAGCCUCCUAUUAUCCAUAGAGAUUUAAAGGUGGAAAACUUGCUUAUUAGUAACCAAGGGACGAUCAAACUUUGUGACUUUGGUAGUGCUACAACUAUAGCUUACUAUCCUGACUACAACUGGUCUGCGCAGAAGAGAGCACUGGUUGAAGAAGAGAUCACAAGGAAUACAACGCCAAUGUACAGGACACCAGAAAUGAUAGACUUGUAUUCAAACUUUCCGAUUGGUGAAAAACAGGACAUUUGGGCUCUGGGCUGUAUCCUGUACUUGCUGUGCUUUAGGCAACAUCCAUUUGAAGAUGGAGCUAAACUUCGCAUAGUUAAUGGAAAAUAUGUCAUCCCACAAAAUGAUACCCGCUAUUCUGUGUUUCAUGAUCUGAUUCGCUCCACUUUGAAGGUGAACCCAGAAGAGAGACUGUCAAUCACUGAACUUGUAAAUCAACUGCAGGAGAUUGCAGCAGCUAGGAAUGUGAAUCCUAAAUCCCCCAUCACAGAGCUCCUGGAACAAAAUGGAGGCUAUGGAAACAGUGCUCAGCCUCGGACAUCUGUGACCUCCAUUUCACAGAGCUCCAAGCCUGCAGGACAGCUCAACAAUAUGUACAAUGCAGGCCUGACCGUUGCGGAAUGUGACCAGACUUAUGGAGGGUUCUUUGAUAUUCUGAGGGGUGGAACAGAGCGAUUUUUCACUAAUAUUAAGGAUACAUCUUCUAAAGUUAUCCAGUCUGUGGCCAAUUAUGCAAAAGGAGACUUGGAUAUAUCAUACAUCACUUCCAGAAUUGCUGUGAUGUCCUUUCCAGCUGAAGGUGUAGAAUCUGCCAUCAAAAAUAACAUAGAAGAUGUGCGGUUAUGUCUGGACUCUAAACAUCCUGGCCACUAUGCUGUGUACAAUCUCUCUCCAAGAACAUACAGGUCUUCAAGAUUCCAUAAUAGGGUUUCUGAAUGUGGCUGGCCAGCAAGACGAGCACCAAAUCUUCAGAAUCUUUAUAGCAUAUGCAAGAACAUGCAUUUAUGGCUGAAACAAGACCAGAAAAACGUUUGCAUUGUGCACUGCCUUGAUGGAAGAGCAGCGUCUGCUGUUGUAGUUUGUUCUUUUCUGUGUUUCUGUCGUCUCUUCACUACUGCUGAAGCUGCAGUUUAUAUGUUCAGUAUGAAACGCUGUCCUCCUGGCAUUUGGCCUUCUCAUAAAAGAUACAUUGAAUACAUGUGUGACAUGAUGGCUGAAGAACCCAUUAUUCCUCACAGCAAGCCCAUCCUUGUCAGAUCAAUUGUCAUGACUCCAGUUCCUCUUUUCAGUAAGCAGCGUAAUGGCUGCAGGCCUUUUUGUGAAGUUUAUGUGGGAGAUGAGAGAGUAACCACUACCUCCCAGGAAUAUGACAAAAUGAAGGAGUUUAAAAUUGAAGAUGGGAAAGCAGUAAUUCCACUAGGUAUAACAGUCCAAGGAGAUGUUCUCAUUGUCAUCUAUCAUGCCAGGUCAACACUAGGAGGCCGACUACAAGCCAAGAUGGCUUCAAUGAAGAUGUUUCAGAUUCAGUUCCACACAGGUUUUGUGCCCCGAAAUGCCACCACAGUGAAAUUUGCCAAGUAUGAUCUGGAUGCCUGUGACAUACAAGAAAAAUAUCCUGAUUUAUUUCAAGUCAAUCUGGAAGUAGAGGUGGAGCCCAGAGAUAGACCUAGCUGUGAACAGCCACCGUGGGAUAACAUGAAUAUAAAGGGACUGAAUCCCAAGAUCCUUUUCUCCACCCGAGAGGAACAACAAGAGAUUUUAUCAAAAUUUGGGAAACCAGAGUUGCCUAGACAACCAGGUUCAACUGCACAAUAUGAAGCAGAAGCAUCCCAGCUGGAGCAGUCUUCAGAAAGUGCACCUACUGAGACAGAAUCCCCACAAAGCAGUAGUACUGAUGCAAAUAAUUUCUUUCAUUCUCUGGACUGGAAAGAAGGAAAAAGUCUGGAAAGUGGAAUAGAGGACGGUUCAUCUAAAAAUGUUCGUGUCCAACUAUCUGAUGACAGGGAGGAGAGUGAUCCUUCAGAUGAGGAAUUCCCUACGUUUCCAGGUGAAGAAAGUGCAGUAAUUGUUGAUGAAAAAGACUCUAUUACUCCAGAAGGAGAGCUGCUUUUUGAAGCCAGUUUUGAAGCUCCAUCUGCACUGUUACAAAAACCUCUUCCUGAAGAGAAUGUAGACUUACUGGGACUAGACUCUGAUAUUUCACCAGAACAGAAACAACCUAUCUCAGAAGUAAACUCUUCAUCAAGUAAUGCGGACUUGUUGAACAAUCUGUUUGUGGGUAACGCAUCACAGAUUUCAGAAGAGCCCACUGGUGAUCUUCUUGGACAAGGAACAGAUUUCUUUUUCAGCAGUCAGUCUCAGUGUCCAGCUGCUACUCAGGGUAUGUCUUCAGCAGCAGCCAUGUCUUCAGCUGAUCCUUUUGACCCAUUCACAAUGUCAUCAGGUUCAGAGAAUCAAGCCCUGUCUGGUCCAGACCUCUUUGGGGACUUUCUAAAUCCAAGCUCAACAUCUACAGCUAGUACAUUUCCUUCCACACACGGUUCACUUCCGCCUUCUUCCAGCUCAGAUUUCUUAAAUAUAGGGAAUUUGACACCAGAGCCACCUAAAAUACCAUCUUCUACAAGCCACCCAGAUCUCUUAGGUGGAUGGGAUUCUUGGGCAGAUUCCUCAGCAACCAGCAAUGUAGUGUCACCACAGUUGAAGCCUCUUUUUGAAGGUCAAGCUGUUACCACAGGGAGCCAGUCCAGUGUGUCUUCAGGUCUGUCUUUCAGCCAGGCUAAAUCUCAGAACUUUGAUCCUUUUGCUGAUCUUGCCAGUCUUGGAUCUGGUCUUCCAGGUUGCUCCAGUGGUGGACUCUCAAGUAGUGGCUUUGGUCAGAAGAGUGGUCCAUCUCAGAAGUUGGGAAAUCAGUGGCAGAAAUCCACAAAACCACAAAGUACUUCAUGGCAGUCCCAGACUAAAUCCAGCACAGCAGCUAAACCCAAUUACACAGUAAACUUCAGUGUUAUUGGAGGACGAGAAGAAAGAGGAGUCAGAACCCCAAGCUUUGGUCAAAAGCCAAAAGUUUCAGAAAAUGACUUUGAGGAUCUCCUAUCUAAUCAAGGGUUUUCAGCUAAAUCUGAUAAAAAGGGACCAAAGACCAUUGCUGAGAUGAGAAAACAAGAAAUGUCUAAAGAUAUGGACCCCUUGAAACUCAAGAUUCUUGAAUGGAUUGAAGGAAAGGAGAGAAAUAUCAGAGCAUUAAUAUCCACUCUUCAUACGGUGCUUUGGGAAGGGGAAAAUAAGUGGAAACCAGUCAGCAUGGCAGAUCUAGUAACUCCUGAACAAGUAAAGAAGUACUACAGGAAAGCAGUGCUUGUAGUUCAUCCAGAUAAGGCCACAGGACAACCUUAUGAGCAGUAUGCCAAAAUGAUCUUCAUGGAAUUGAAUGAUGCAUGGUCAGAGUUCGAAAACCAGGGAUCAAAGUCCCUUUUCUAAAACUUCUCCUUUUACAGAACUACUUCCAAAAACUGGAGCUGAGCAUUGUUGUGACUUUAUUGCACCUAUGAUUUAUAAAGCGCUUUUCCAUGAUUUCAGCACAGUUUCUAAUCAUGCACUUAAAUGUGGGGAUAUAUUUUGUAAGAUGUAGAGUACAAAGCAUUACAUAGAUGCAUUAAGAAAACAGCUGCUCAGUACUUGAAGAAAUCACAGUCUGGAAGUAAAGAUUUCAUUUCAGUUUUAUAUAUGGUAAAAUAGAAUUUUAAUGAAGCUCCGUGAUUUCUGGUAUACUAGUAUUAAUUAUAAAUCAUUCCAAUUUCAUUGAUCUUUGCUUUACCCCUACCUUCCCCAAUUUGUCUGUUACUUUCAGUAGUUUUGUGAUUCAAUUUUGAUGUUUGGUGCCUGUCGCCUUACUCAAAGUGCUUUAGUUAUCAGCAGUGAAUUUGCUUGGCUUAUCUCAAACCUGAAGGUGUAUAUUUUCAUCUGUAUUUUAUGUAAUCAAUCUGAUAAUCAUUCUGUAAAUAACGUUUUCUGACAAUACCUGUGUUCCUUACAAUAAAUUAACAGUUGUUUAGCCAAAAAGACCCCAAAUGUGGGAAAGUCAGCCAGGGUUGUUCUUGAUUUUUAACUUUUUUUUACAUAAGAAUCUAGAAACAAAUCUUGACUUCAAGGUCUGCGUGUUCCUGCUGUGUUCUUAUUUAUUAUGAACCUUUGGAAGGCAGUACUCUGACCAGUGCUUAUUUUCCUAGUUCUUUAAAUGGUGUCUUUUGCUUCUGAUUUCAGUGGAACAUUCCUUCCAUUGGACUUCAGAUACCCUGAUAGAAAUAAUGUUAUUCUGAAACUUGAAGUGUAAGCACAAAACAUUUUACUCUGCUUCGAUUUGUCUGAGUCAAUACUACAUUACUCAUUAUCAUCUGGAGAGCAUUUAAAGUGCUUUAACACAUUUUGCUGUAUGUCUGAACUUCUGUAUUUGAGAUAUGCAUGACAUCGAUAUAUGUGAAAACAUGAGGUGUAUUGGUAGACUGUUGCAUUUCUGGUCACCUACCUUCCAUGCACUGGCAAGAUGAGUAGAGAGACAACUUGAUAACAAAACUUGCCAUGUUUUCUCAUCCCUAUUCAGAAGGCAGUUUUUCACUAGUGCUGGGGUGAAUGAAUGCAAAUGACCAAUGUCUGUUAUACUCUGUGUAAUAACAGAAUGCAAUUUUCAUAUCGAGUUUGAAAAUGUUGAAAAAUAGUAUUGUGGUAUUAAAGCUUUGGCAGCAUUCUCUUGAAGCAGUACAGUUGGGCAUUCAAGGGGAUACUUUGAUCAUCUUGCCAUUUUAUACAUCUUGCAUGCUUAACUGAGGGGGAAGCUGUACCAUCAUCAGAGGUAACUGUUCAGCUGAGCAACAUGAACAGAAAACAUGAGAUUCUAAUGCCACCUGAACAGGGUGUUGGAUGAGGUUUUCCACUGCCGUGCCAGUCUGAGAGCUGAUGGGUUAGAGACUUGUGAACACAGGUUGCGAUUUAUAGUUUCUAAGCUCAGAUCUAACACAGUUACUUAUUAAUGUCUGAGAAAAGGUUUUGUGUGUGUAUAUUCACAUAUAUAUUCAGCUACUGUGAUUUGUUUUUUUAAGAUGGAAGCCAGAAUCAGUUAUGGAUCAGGAAGGUUAUGUAUUAUUCAUAGCUGCAGUUGUAUUUCAGAUACUGCUUUCAAGCAGUCUUAAAUCUCAGUAGAUUUCUUCAUAAAAACAGGUAACUUGCUGCCUGAUUUAGAGUAAGAGCUGAUCUUUCUUUCCCUGGGACACUUCAUUAACUCCUUGUAUUCGUGGUCUGCAUCCAUGGAAAUUAAAGGCUUCGGCUGGUAGGAUAGGUUUGUUGGAGACCUGCAUGGCUUUUCACAGUUCUAGGGCAAAUGCUAUCUAGUAACAGGUUUAAAAAGACAUACACAGAUGUAUAAUGACUGUGAUUGUACUCCUAUCUACAACUGAGAGAUAAAGCAUUUCUGAGGGAGCUGCUUUUAGCAAGGAAGGACUACUUAAACAACCCAUGUUCCUUUCAGCACAUACAGGCAAUGUAAUUGAGGGACACAUUUUUAAUUGCUCUUUUCUUGAAAUAUGUUUAUAAAAAAUUAAAACUGAAAAUUGGGAGGAAAACAUCUUCCUCUCUGCUUUGUAUGUUUGGUAGCAUUUUCUGGAUGAUGUCUACAUUUCUGUUUUUAUCUGUCUACUUGUUUGCAAAAUUUUCUUUAACAGUGGAGAAGAACCUUCGAUGUGAUUUUAAGUGAGUAGGGAAACAUGAGUGCAAGUGUUUUAUCUGGAACUGAACAUCUCUUGAAGUUGAUUCCCCCUUUUUAAACUUAUGGAAAACCAUGAAGUUUGGCUGUGGAUUCUUCCAAAAGCCAUUUGAUAAUCAGUGAAACUUCAGUCAGGUUGACAGGACCCUUCAACUUAUUUUAUGGCUUAAUCAGCUCUGGUCCAUAGUGGGGGAACUGGAUGAUUCCUCUAUCCUGCUCCUUUCUGCAUAGUUGAAUUUUGGUGCUAGGAAUCUGUGAGAGGCUCACUUUGGUAAACUCUCAAAUCUUGACAACGAAACUAUUCUGGGUUUUUUGUUUAACUGUGUCAUGUGGUUGUGUUGCAUACAAGAAUGUGCAAAAAGUUGGAUUUCAGUAAGGCCCUGUAAGCAAACUUUAAAAAUUCAAGUGAUGAACAUGAACACAGUAAACUAAAGUUUUUUUUUUCUUUAGAAGAUAAAGCAGCAUGAGGACCACAAAAGGUGUUUCAUAGUGUAAGGCUUAUAUACUAAUUUUUUUUAGUUACAGGAAUCUGGGAAGAGAGAAGUUAAGGUAAAUUUUAUAUAAACAUAUAUCGAGUCUUAAUGUUGCUUUUAAAGGAGAUGGUCAUUUGGAAGAAAAAGUCCAGAAGUUCUGUUUGAAUUAAUCUUAAAACAGUAAUAAAAAAUGGUAAAAAAACUGGGAACGAGGGCUUUUCAAUGUUUCUCAUGCUCUGUACUUCAUUGUUAAUUGGUUGUCUGCUGUAUGGAAUAGGGCUGCAUGCAAACUGUUACACAGACAUUUCACUGUAGCUGUAUUCUUAAUGUCCACAAGCUGAAAAGCUUUUAGAAUAGGCUACAGAAAAAUUUAUUAAGCUGAGACUUAAUUAGAUACUGUGAAUUCUUUCUGGGCUUAAACUGUGUAUUUUCCAUUCAUGCUUAUUCAUUGCACAGUUAAAUUUUGAAAUCUUGAAGUGAAAUCAUGUCCUGAAAGUUAGACUUUGCAGUCAGCAGAAGUAGGUAUAAAGCUUGAGGUUGAGGCAACACCCAGUCAACAGUAGGUUGAUGUUGUGUCUAGCAGACUUCAUAAGUGGCACUUGAAGUUCUGUUGUGUAGCAUCUCCUUGACUCUUGCAGCAAAUCACUGUGCCUUUUGGCUCAUGUUUGUAGUUCCUUUGUUAAUGACAACUGACUAAUACCAUGCCUUCUUUGCAGCCUCCCAGGAUCCAAUUCUUAAAAGUGAGUAGCUUGAUAUGGUUAUUGCAAGAGCAGAGAAAAACAAUGCAAUGUAGAUUAAGGGAAGAGUAGAGAAGAACAUCCAGACUCUAACCUACAUCUCAAAUCUUGUUUUCUAAUUCUCUCUUCAUUGACCUAUUCCUACCUACCUCUGCUAAAAACAGGUCUAGACUAGUAGAAAGAACCUGGUUUGUAGCCAGCUUUUCCAGCCCUUUUAGAAGUGCUACUGACUGGCUAUAGACAAGUGGCAGUACUAAGUGCUUGGCUUUUUUUGCAGAAGUUAUAAAGCAGGGCUUAUAAAAUGAUAGGCCACGUUUCCACUAGUUAUUUCUGAAUUAAGUUGCUUAUGUUACAUUGCUGUUAGAUCUGGAGAGUCAGGCAACUUAAAUUUUAAAAUAGAGAUCUGUGAAGAAUUGGUGUUAAGAGUGUGUGUGGCUAGAACCUGCCAAAUGGAGAAGAGCGAUGUGUUUUGACCAUGUUGGGGGAAAUCAGUUGAUGUCUUUAGCUUUGGGCAUGCCUGUUUGGCGUUUCCUAGUGCUGUGAGAUUUCCUUGAACUUAACAGCAAGGAAGAGAAAGAAAAUGAACAGUUAAGCACUUACAUUCAUAUUAAAUCAUGGGGUUAUGCUAAAUAUUGUUAGUGGGUAGUGAUUCCCUGACAUCAAGCCUGGGAGGAGAAGUUCCUCUGCAUUGUCACUUGGGUGAAGUUCAGAUAGUUUGCUAAUCAAUAGUAGCUUCCUUUAGCAAGUACAGAAUGGAAAACCUGCAACAGUGCUGAUGAAGUACAUUUCUUUGCAACAGUGGCGAAGUCCUUGUCAUUGCACCUGUGAGUAACUAGUGCUCAUGAAAAAUGCCUCGUUUACCUCCAUUUUCUUGCUAAUUCUAGAAAGUUCCUCCAGUGUUGUCUUGCCAAGCACAGAGUUAACAGUUCCUUCCUAAAUGCAGACUACGUCUCAAAGAUGCAUGCACAGGAUUAAUACUGUGCACAAACCGAAGCAGAGUUUGAGUGUACCUGAAAUCUCGGCUGCCUUUUGGGACUGCUGAGCUACAUGCACUGUUCCACCUCCCAAGGCCAGACUUCAGUUUCCCCAGCAGUGGCUGUAUGUUUGCAUAGUCAUUGGCCAUUGCAUACUCUGCUGCCCACAGGAAUAUUUCAGGGGUUGCAUAAAUGUGGAAACCUUGUUGCUCCUUAGCUCUAGCAAUUGCAAUGUAACAAAUGCUUUGUAAAUAAGUUCAGAUUAGUCUUGUACAGUUGCCUGUGCUUUGAGUCAGUUGACAUUUUCUGUCAAGAACUUGCACCAAGACCUGCGAAAGCUGUAGGAGGAAUGUAUUGUUUUCCACCCCUUGA